GAAGCUCUCACAUGUGAAGUGAAGUGAUCAGCUGAGAGAAGCUGAAUCGCACUUUGUUGCAUUAUUACAAACUUAUUAAAGUUUAAAGAACCAUGGAGGGUUUCGGAUCUGAUUAUUCUGGAUCGGGAGGAUCUGGUAAGAUGGAUACAGGAGCGAUAAUGGAGCAGGUGAAGGUACAGAUAGCGGUGGCUAACGCUCAGGAGCUGCUGCAGAAAAUGACCGAUAAAUGCUUCAAGAAGUGCGUGGGCAAACCAGGCAGCACGCUGGAUAAUUCUGAACAGAAAUGCAUCGCCAUGUGCAUGGACCGAUACAUGGACGCCUGGAACACGGUGUCUCGCGCCUACAACUCCAGACUGCAGAGGGAGCGGGCGCGGAUGUGAUGCUCACCCCCCUCCACCCGCACCUCGACCCUGGAUAGAGCGGCUCGGGCCGGAUCGUGCGGAUCGCCCCCCGCCGCUUCACCGUCAGAGAACCAUCGGGGGAACCUGAGGCGAGAGAGUUCGGGACUUGUUUCGUUUGUUUGUGUUAUGAACAGGUGGACGUUUCGCUCGAUUAUAUAUUUUUCGGAGGGAUACGAAGACGAUCGAAAUACACUGUACGGCCAAAAGUAUUCGGACGCCUGACCGUGAGCUUGUCUGAUGUACCGUUUUUAACAUAGAGUGACCUCACUGACCUUUUCAGCUAGAACUGACGCUCUUCUGAGAAGAUUGAUCAGUCUGUGUUCCGGUUCAUCCCAGAGCUGCUGAGUGGGGCUGAGGUCAGAGCUCUAUACAGGACACUGGAGUUUCUCUUCACGUCUUUAUACAGCUUGCUCAUUCUGGAACAGGAAGGGGCCUUCCCUAAACUGUUGCUGCAAACUUGAAAACACAAUUUCCUUUAUAUUAUUAAUUUAUUACACCUGUUAGCGAUUGCUCUGGCUGAAACAGCGGUAGUCUAGUGGGUAGAGCUUGUGGGUUUGAAUCCAGGCUCUGCUAUGCAGCAGCUGUUGGGGCCCUUGAGCAAGGCCCUUAACCCUGUCUGCUCCAAGGGCGUCGUACAACGGCUGACCCUGAGCUCUGACCACAGCUUCCAAACAAGCUGGGAUAUACAGAAAUAUAAUUGUAUUGUACUGCACACGUGUAGACGUAUAUAUGACAAAUAAAGGGGUGUCCAAAUACUUUUGUCCAUAUAGUGUGUGACUGAUGUCUUUGUUUCUGAAUCGUGUGUGUGUAAUAAAAAUCAUAAGAAUAAAUCAGGGAAGUUUGAGGUGGUGGACUGAACUCUGCCGGUCGUAUGAAGUUUGUGUCCUCGUGUGGGCGCUACACCUCCCUCCUCUUCCCGCCCUCUGCCCUCGAACCUGCUUCCGUUCCCGGGGGGAAUUUAGGAGCAUCCCUCUCUCAGAACCGCAGAUCCCACUGUUCACCCGCUCCCAACAAAAGCUUCAUUCUUCCCUCCGGAUCCUGAUCUUCUGAUGACAGUAGCGGCUUUGUGUGAAUGCAGAUCGCUGCGCUACAGAUCCUGCAAUAAUAUCACCUCGCUGUGUGUGUGUGUGUGUGUGUGUGUGUGUGUGUGUCCUCAACCAACCUCUUAAAUAAAAACACAGACUGGA